AUGGUGUGUCCCAGGCGGGAGCUACCCUCUUCAGAGGAGCUGCGCGAGUGGUUUGCCCGGCGCUGGAGCCGUGCUGCUGGAGCUGGAGGUGCUACUGGUCGUCUGGUUGGCACUGGCGGUACUGGAGCUGCUGGGCCUGGGGGUGCUCCUGGUGCUGCUGGAGGUCCUGGAGGUACUGGAGCUACUGGGCCUGGAGGUGCUCCUGGUGCUGGAGCUGCUAGCGGUACUGGAGCUGGCGGUCCUGCUGGAGUUGGUGCUGCUAAAGCUGCUGGAGCUGCAGCUGCUGGAGCUGGAGCUGCUGGGGGUGUUGGCGCUGGAGGUGCUGUUGGCGCUGGUGCUUCUGAGGGUGCUGGAGUUGGCGCUGUUGGAGCUGGAGGUGCUGCUGGCGCUGGUGCUGCCGCUAGUGGUACUGGUGCUGUCCCUGCUGGUUCUGGAGGCACUGCGCGGCCGCGGUCGUACUUCGUUCCGCUCCUUGAGCAGGUUCUUGGUCUCCCGCCUUCUACUGGUCCUACUCCUCCCUUAAAGUGUCCACCGCCUGUCCAGUCGCAGUCACAGUUACAGCCUGCCUCCCCCCUGCCUGCUCCUUCUCCUUACAGUGGUCCUACUGGAGGUCUUGCUGAGCAUCGUGAGCCUGCGUCUCUUCCUGCAUCGCCUGUUCGUGCUGCUCGCACUAGUAGUCGUGUUCCGCGUCCGCGUCUUCCUGUGGUCCCAGGCACACACCAGGUGGCACUGCGUCCUUCCACUGCUCCUUUGCGUGUCCCGUUGCCGUCUCCUCCUGAGUCCUCUCUUCCUGUUCUUGCUGACCUGGAGUCUGACUCUCUUCGUGCUGCCAGUCCUACUGUCACGCGUCUCCUGGCUACUAUUGUCACUGACCCUUCCUUUGAGUCCACUGCUGCGUCUGCCUUAGUUGCUGAGCUUGUCGACAUUGCUGCGCGCUGUCGUCUAGACUACGCCGCUAGUCUGGUUGCUGAGUCUGAGUCUGUGUGUCCUCCGUCCGUCGGGGGUGAGUGUGCUCUUAGCACGAACGUCCUUGAGGACAGGCAAGAGGAGUUCCAGUGUUUUGCUGCUGCUUUGCCUCAUCUCGUGUCCACGCUGAUUGCCCCUGAGGGAGACCCGGAUGCAACACACAUCCCGACUCCUCGAUCGUACGCUGAGGCGAUCGAGGGUCCCUACUCCUCACAGUGGCAGUCAGCCGAGGACGCAGAGAUGGCUUCCUGGAAGUCCACAGGCACCUACGUCGACGAGGUUCCCCCACCAGGGGCGAACAUCGUCAGUGGCAUGUGGAUUUUCAGGGUGAAGCGACCGUCGGGUUCUCCGCCUGUCUUCAAGGCGCGUUACAUGACCACUCUUCGGGUGCUGCUGCACAUAGCCGCUCAGCGCGACUACGAGCUUCACUCUCUUGACUUCAGCACAGCUUUCCCGCAGGGCAGCCUGCACGAGGAGAUCUGGCUGCGCCGCCCACCUGGCUUCACUGGGUCGUUUCCUCCUGGUACCCAGUGGAGCCUCCGGCGGCCAGUCUACGGUCUUCGCCAGGCGCCCCGUGAGUGGCACGACACACUGAGGACUGCACUUGCGGCUCUUCGGUUUGCUCCUUCUACAGCCGACCCGUCACUGUUUCUGCGCACCGACACCUCUUUGCCGCCGUUCUACAUCCUCGUGUACGUCGACGACUUGGUCUUUGCCACAGCUGACACUGCUGGACUCGCCCACGUGAAGUCCGAGCUGCAGAAGAGACACACGUGCACAGACUUGGGUGAGCUGCGCAGCUACCUUGGCUUGCAGAUCACCCGGGACAGAGCACAGCGCACCAUUACCCUGACUCAGUCACACAUGGUGCAGCAGGUCCUUCAGCGCUUCGACUUCACGUACUCCUCGCCUCAGGCCACUCCUCUGUCUACUCGCCACUCGCUCUCAGCUCUUCCUUCGGAUGAGUCCGUAGAGCCGAGUGGCCCGUACCCAGAGCUUGUUGGCUGCCUCAUGUACCUGAUGACCUGCACUCGACCUGACCUUGCAUACCCUCUUAGCAUCUUGGCACGCUAUGUUGCUCCUGGGAGACACCGACCAGAGCACAUGGCUGCAGCGAAGAGGGUGUUGCGCUACUUGUGCAGUACGUCGGGCAUGGGGCUAGUGCUUGGAGGGCGGCGUUCAGUGGUCCUCACAGGUCACGCAGACGCUUCUUGGGCUGACGACCAUGCUACGCAGCGGUCGUCACAGGGUUACACCUUCAGCCUUGGUUCCGGCUCUGUUUCGUGGCGGUCUACCCGCUCGUCUUCUGUUCUCGGCUCUAGCUGUGAGGCUGAGAUCUACGCGGGGGCCAUGGCUGCACAGGAGCUACGCUGGCUCACCUACCUGCUGACCGACCUGGGAGAGCCGCCUCGUUCUGCUCCAGUUCUGUACGUAGACAACAAGGCCAUGCUGGCCUUGUGUCGGGAGCACAGACUGGAGCACAAAACGAAGCACAUUGCUCUUCGCUACUUCCUUGCUUGUGAGCUGCAGCAGCGUGGUCAACUACGCCUUGCUUACGUGACCUCUGAGGCCAACACUGCUGAUAUCUUCACCAAGGCACUUCCGCCUUGUGAUCAUCAGCGCUUCUGUACGAUGCUAGGUCUUGUGCCUACUUGGCCUCACUUGCUCACUUCUUGA